CUUUCAUAUCAUCCUACUCAUUUCAAACUCACUACACUAUACAAAACUCUCUCUCUCUCUCUCUCUCUCUCUCUCUCUCUCUCUCUCUCUUUACUAUUUACAUUUUCUCUCUUCAUUUUCUCACAAGCCAAACACUCUUAAUUUUACACUAUACUAUACUACAUAUAGUACUUUUUACUAUUUCAAAUCAACAAAUAUGAAGAUGCACAGUAGUAGUGUAGCCAUGGGAGCUGAGCAGUCCAAAAGGAAAGAUCCAUGCAGAAAGCUUGGUGGGUAUCUUAAACAACAGAAAGGAAGGCUUUACAUUAUCAGGAGAUGUGUUGUCAUGCUUCUAUGCUGGCAUGACUAGUCAAUAUAUACUAUAGUCAUACAUUAUUAUCAAUAAUUAUACUAGUUUAGUACUCAUGAUGAUGAUGAUGAGAAUAGUUUGGAGCUAUAAUUACUUAAUUUUAGUGUAUAUUUACUCUGUCUAUGGGGCUUUUAUGAUUAAUUCCCCAGAUCGAAAUGUAAAUAGAAAUGAGAAAUAUAUCGAAUUAAUCUUAUAUAUA